AUGGCGGGACUCGAGCAAAAGCGGCAGGUGUCUGUGACCGAUGAGAAGGUCGACUAUCUCAACCAGGUGGAACACGCCACAAGAGAGGAGCACCAUGAGUCUGUGCUGAGUGUCAUUAAACACCACCCCUGGGUUGUUGUUUGGUGUCUGUUCUAUUCACUGUCGGCCAUUGGCUGGGGCUUCGAUGCUCAAGUGAACGGUGCCAUGCUGUCUGUGGCCACCUUCCGAUCCACUUUCGGAUACAUCUACGAAGGCGAGCCGGUCCUCCAGGCGUCGUGGCAGAGUGCCUUCAACUCCGUGUCCAGUAUCGGGCAGUUCUUCGGUGGCUUCGCUUGCUCCUGGCUCUCAGAUCGCAUUGGCCGCAAGAAGUCGCUCGGCAUCGGCCUGGUCUUCGUCACCGCCGGCAUCUUUGGCGAAGUCCUCACCAUCGGACCACUAUGUGCUGCCGAACUUGCACCCGUCUCGUUACGUGGUGUUGUGACGGCUGGCACCAAUCUGGGCAUCUGCAUUGGUCAGCUCCUGAGCAAUGCCGCAAUCAAAGGCUUCGGCGAGAGAGACGACAGAUGGGCUUAUCGUGCCCCAUUUGCUCUGCAAUGGCUCUUUGUCAUACUUAUUGUGGUUGGCCUGCCAUUCGCUCCCGAGUCGCCCUGGUACCAUAUUCGCAAGAACCAAAUGGAAGCUGCACGCAGCAGCCUCUACAAGCUGUACGGAACAACCACCGACCUUGACGCCAAGCUUGCCAUGAUGGUCAAAACAGUCAACGAGGACAUCGAAGCCACCUCAGCCGCGCGUUGGUCGCAAUGUUUCCAGGGCACCAACCUGAUCCGCACCAUCAUCUCCGUCAUGGUCUUCGCCUGCCAGCAUCUGUCCGGCAUCGUCUUCGUCCUCGGCUUCAGCACCUACUUCUUUCAACUAGCCGGCAUUUCCGAUUCCGACUCCUUCAAUCUCGGUGUGGGCGUGACCUCGACCGGCGUCGUCGGCUGCAUGAUCAGCUGGGCGCUGAUCAACAACUUCGGCCGCCGCAAGCUGUUCAUUCUCGGCAUGAUCGGCAUGACGACCGUGCUGCUCCUGAUGGGCAUCCUGGACGUUGUGCACACGUCCGCCGCCCGCUGGGUCCAGGCCUCCUGCACCGUCGUAUACGCCCUCUUCUACCAAGCCACCAUUGGCCCACUCGCCUUCGCCAUCCUCGGCGAAACGCCCACCGCCUCGCUGCGAGCCAAGACCGUGGGUCUGGCCACGGCCAUGCAGGCUGUCUUUGGCACUUUGAUGAACGUGUGCAUACCAUAUCUCGUAAAUCCAGACAAGGCGAAUCUGCGAGGCAAGGUCGGCUUCAUCUUCGGAGGCCUAUGUGGCUUGGGAACUGUAUGGUCGUGGCUGUACGUGCCGGAACUCAAGGGCCGCACCUUCGCCGAGAUCGACUGGCUGUUCCAGAACGAUGUCAGUCCGAGGCGGAUGGGCGGCUACGACAUCCCUCGUACCGGUGGCGUGUAG